GCAGGGAGACACCCGCGACAGGGAGGGGGUUCUCGGCUGUCACUCGGGGCUAUUCUGGGCGGGGGAAGGUUAGAGAUGGAGUAGUUUUAGGGGCGAGGGCUUAUCUCUGAACCCCCCAGCAUUUUUCCCCUCGGGGGAGGCGCUUUGGCAGGCGCUGCUCUCACCCCGGCCAGGACCCGGGGGCGGCGCGGUGGUGAAGGCUCCGCGGGCCCGCAGCAGUAGCAGCGCCGGGCGGGUAUCACCUCGCUAUGGCCAAGCAUCACCCGGACCUCAUUUUCUGCCGCAAGCAGGCGGGCGUCGCAAUUGGAAGACUCUGUGAAAAAUGUGAUGGCAAGUGUGUGAUCUGCGACUCCUACGUGCGGCCCUGCACCCUGGUGCGCAUCUGUGAUGAGUGUAACUACGGCUCCUACCAGGGCCGAUGCGUCAUCUGCGGGGGGCCCGGCGUGUCCGAUGCCUACUACUGCAAGGAGUGCACCAUCCAGGAAAAAGAUAGAGAUGGCUGCCCUAAGAUCGUCAACCUGGGCAGUUCCAAGACAGAUCUUUUCUAUGAAAGGAAAAAGUAUGGCUUCAAGAAGAGGUGAUUCUCUUCAUACGUGGCUACCUCCUUGGAUUGGCAAGAAGGUCUUGGAACAUCUCUGGACUUUACUCUUAUUGAAAACUGGUUGAUUUUUUUUUCUAAAACAGUACAAAUUCAGUAAUAUACUUGGGGUUGGAGAAAUAACAGGCUGAGUGAGGACUGAAACCUGAUCAGAACCAAUGAUGAGAGAGGGCAAAUGAAGAUUACUGUCUUCUGCCUUUGCAGAAGCUCUGCUAGUAGUUUCCCCAGCUCUCUAUACAAAGCAGAGUUGGCAAGCACUUACACAUAGAAGAGCUAUGUAAAAAUGGGAAGUGCUGUUUUUAGAGUGGAGAAACACCUUGAGGUUGUUCUUACUGUGCCUCCUCUCAAUUAUUUGAAAUUGCCCCAUCCAUCAGUGUUGAAGAAUGAAGCAUCAAUCUGCUCCCCUCUUCUCUUCCUCCAGUAUAUUUCCAUGCUGCCCUGUUUUGUAAGGAAUCUGCACAUGGCUGGUACCUUCCUAGGGAGAACACAGCUGUUCCUUGUUUUCUUUGACAGAUAAAUCCAAGGCCAUUUCUUGUAGCCAUUUCUGUAGGAUGUAUACCAAUAAAGCUUUUUCUUUUGGGUUUUUAUUUUUUGUACAACAA